UCGUGUAAGGUACUACUUGUAUCGUAAAAGGCAACAGAGCAGUGUAGUCGUUAAUUCUGCGUUAAUUCCUUCAGUUUCACGUUUGUACAUAUUCGUUUCAGGUGUGGCAAACUAAACUGUAUUCAUUCUUGGUGUCAGGAUGAACUUUGAAGCUUCUGAGGCUAACUUAGCCUGUUAGUUAGCUUAGCUUGCUAGCUGCUAAUAAAGAAACACGGAAGUUAUCAACAUACCGCUAAGCAGACACAAGUGUGAGUGUAAAGUGUUGUGGUUGUGUGAUAAUGUGUAAAAUACAAAUGCUAGGAAUGUUGGUUAAUUAGCGACUAACUGCGGCUGUGGAAAAAUGUGUGUAGUGUUAUAAAGAAAGAUAGCAGAGCACGACGAGGAACAUUCUCGAACAAAAGUGAACUAGCGACAACGUCAACUACUGGACGCUGUUUUCAAGAAGCAUCAAGUUGUGUUACACAGAACAGGAGUAUAAAGCCGGACUCGAAGCAAUGACCUCAGCUGCAUUCUACUCUGAGACUUUGUUGGACAAAUGUGAAAUAAAGGAGGCCGUAUACCAGUGGAACGAAGACGUCUGUGAAGAACAUCUUCUUCCCAAGCAGCAGGAGUGGAAUUCCAGGAUGGAGCAGGAGCAACCACAGCCCCCCCAUAUUAAAAAGGAAGAGGCUGUGCCACAUACUACCCACAUUAAAGAGGAAGAACAUCCUCCCCACAUUAAAGAGGAAGAUGAGGAGCUACAGCCCUCCCACAUUAAAGAGGAAGACGGCAUCAGUCAGAAUGGAGAGAGUCUUGAAGGACUGGAGGAGGUUGAUGUCCUCAAGAUGCCAUUGAUUUAUGUCAUUGUGAAGAGUGAAGAUGAUGAGGUCAAAAGUGAAAGUGAGGAGAAGAGAGAGGCAGAGCCUCCAAGCAGCAGCUCAACUCAACACAUGACAACAGAAGCUGAUGGAGACCACUGUGGAGGAUCACAAGCAGACAAGCUCUUAGCUCCACUAUCAGAUAGUGAUGACACAACGUCACACUCUGCUGACACUGAUGAAGACUCUGAAGCUGAUACAACAUGUCACACUGACAACACACUCUUUGAAUGUUCUCACUGUGGCAAAAUGUUUAAUCGCCAUUGUAAUCUGAAAAGACACAUGAGAACACACACUGGUGAAAAACCUUUUAUCUGUUCAAGCUGUGGUAAAAGCUUUACCCAAAAUAAUCAUUUGAAAACACACAUGAGAACACACACUGGAGAAAACCCAUUUUCUUGUUCAAUCUGCUGUAGAGGUUUUGGACAAAAAGAUAAGUUGAAAAGACACAUGAGAAUACACACUGGUGAAAAACCUUUUUCAUGUUCAAGCUGUGGUAAAGGUUUUACACAAAAAGAUAAGUUGAAAAGACACAUCAGAACACAUACUGGUGAAAAACCGUUUUCCUGUUCAAUCUGUGGUAAAGGUUUUACACAAAAUAUUCAUUUGAAAACACACAUGACAACACACACUGGUGAAAAACAUAUUGCAUGUUCAAUCAGUGCUAAAGGUUUUGUACGAAAUAUGAAUUUGAAAAGACACAUGACAACACACACUGGAAAACAAACUAUCUGUUCAAUCUGUGGUAAAGGUUUUGUACGAAAUAUGAAUUUUAAAAUACACAUGAGAACACACACUGGUGAAAAACCUUUUUCUUGUUCAAGUUGUGGCAAAUGUUUUAUACAAAAUAGGGAUUUGAGAAGACACAUGAGAACACACACUGGUGAAAAACCCUUUUCUUGUUCAAGCUGUGGCAAAUGUUAUAUACAAAGUUGGGAUUUGAAAACACACAUGAGAACACACACUGGUGAAAAACCUUUUAUCUGUUCAGUCUGUGCUAAAAGUUUUACACGAAAACAGCACUUGAAAAAACACAUGAGAAUACACACUGGUGAAAAACCUUUUUCCUGUUCAAUCUGUGCUAAAGGUUUUGUACAAAGAUAUACGUUGGAAAGACACAUAAGAACACACACUGGUGAGGAAGUGUGAUGAAAGAAUAUCUCAAAAGUACACACGAGUGAGAAUAUCUGCAACAAUUGAAGCUGCAGGGUUAAAAAAAAUAUAUAUGACAAAACUUUUAACAUAAACCGAACAACAUCACUACAUAUAACAUGUGUGACAUCAUUGUUGUGUAACAGAGUCUUGUUAAUAUGUUUAUACCGUUUUAAGAUCAGAUUUGUUUAGAUUAGUGGUUUAAGUAUUAAACAUUAGUUUACAACAUAGUGUACAUUUAUUUAAAAUGAACUAAUUUCCUUGAUUGAAAAGGUCCACACUGACUGACGCAUCAUCUUAUUUUUACUACCCUUAUAUUUACUUUUUUAUUUGUUUUAGAAUUAAACGGAACAAACCAUAUGUUACAUAAAAUUGUAUAUGUAUAUAGAAAAGAUAAUCAAAAUUCUGUGUUGUAUUUUCUCAUAAUAGUGUUACAGGUUUUUAAAUGUAUGAAGUGUGUUGCACAUUUUCAUUUCUAAUUGUAAAUUAUUCCAUAUAUUAACUUUUUUUUUAUAUGAUAUGCAUGUUUUGUUUUUGAGUACACAAAUCUUUUAGUUCAUAUUUAGUUUACUUCUGGAAGCAUUUUAUCAUGUACUUUAUUUGAGCAGUUGCGUAUUCUACGUAUUGCGUAUUUACUUUUAACAUGUCCUCACCCCAUGUUUGACCUUUUCCCCACCUUUACAUGGCACCACCUUUGCAGCGACCCAUCAAUGUUUUUAUUCUGUGUGCCCUGUAUGGUGCAUUUCUGAUUUUGAACAGGUUUGUACUGAAAAUGUAAUUUUAUUGUAAUUUUUAACUGCAAAGACAAUAAAGUUCCAUUCCAUGUUUGA